AUGGAGGAAAGAGGUAUUAACAUGGAUCUUGUAUGCUAUGCUAUAAUUAUUCAUGGGAUUCUUGAUCAGAAAGACUCGACAUUAGUGAUUAAAAGUUUGAAGGAAAUUCAUGACCGUGGACUAAGGCCUGAUGAUUUUAUCUAUACUAGUUUCAUCGACAAGUAUGGAAAGACCGGUGAUCUUGCGAUGGCUAUGGCUCAUUGGGAUCUUAUGAUUAGUGUAGGCUUUGGCCCAAAUGUUGUGACAUACACUGCGAUGAUUAAUAGCCUUUGUAAGGGAGGAUUGGUGAGGAAAGCAGAGGUUCUGUUUAAGGAAAUGUUGGUUAGCGGUAUAUUUCCAAAUGAGAUCACACACGGAUGCUUUCUUGAUCAUCUUACCAGAGAAGGGAAUAUGGAGGAGGCUAAACGGCUACAUAAGGCUAUGCUCAAAGGUUUCCAUGGUAGCACAGUGAGUUACAAUAUGCUCAUUCGAGGUUUCUGCAAGUUGGGCCGAAUUCAGGAAGCUUCACAGACCCUAACUAAAAUGUCGGCUAAAGGUAUUUCUCCGGCGCAGCAGCAGCAGCAGCAGCAACAGCACCAGCGACGACGCAGCGGCAGCGGCUGCGAGUUCAGUUGGAGUCCAGCCGAGCCAUGCAAGGUUUGGUCAACAGUUAGGGUUUCCUAA